AGACAGAACGCGUAAAAGAAGAAAAAGACUUUUAUUGUGAAAAGAGGAAAUGACGUGUGCGCCCAGUGCCUGUUCAUCCGCGCGAAGCUGCUGCAGGUCUGAAACGUGAUGCACUGCGUCUGCGCAGAUGGACAGCGUGAGCAGCCACAGCGUGUACGUGCUGCAGCAGCUGCAGGAGCAGCGCAUCCAGGGCCUGCUGUGUGACUGCAUGCUGGUGGUGAAGGGCGUCAGCUUCAAAGCGCACAAGAACGUGCUCGCCGCCUUCAGCGCCUACUUCAGGUCUCUGUUCCAGAACUCUCCGGCGCAGAAGAGCGAUGUCUUCCACCUGGCCAUCCAGGACGUGGGCGGCAUCGGGCAGGUGCUGGACUACAUGUACACCUCACACCUGGAGCUCAACCAGGACAACGUACACGCGCUGCUGGAGAUCGGACAGAGCCUGCAGGUGUUGAACAUCCUGAACAUGUGUCAGGCGUUCCUGAAGCCCUGCGUGUCGACCGACGCGGCGCUCUCUCUGCCCGCCGACGCGGCUCACGAUCAGGACUGCGUGAUCGGAGGAUCGUUACCAUCAGACGCAGAUCUGCACAAGCCCCUGCCACACGGAUACAAGCUCAGGAACUUCUACACCAGACAGUAUCUGAAGCAGAGCUGCAGCUUCCCGCCGGAGGAGCCGCUCCAGACCAGCAUUCCCGUGGCAGACUCCGCCCACCCAUGCAGCUCUGGCUCCGCCCAACCGUGUGGAUUAGACUCCGCCCACCUGUGUAGCUCAGACUCCACCCACCCAUGCGGCCCAGACUCUGCCCAACCGUGCAACUCAGACUCCACCCACCCAUACGGCUCUGACUCCGCCCACCUGCACAUCCUACGUCCGAAGAAAACUGUUUACCUGAAGAAGUUCAACUACCUGCGCUCACACGUCAGUGCGGAGGAUGAGGGGGCGGAGCACUGUGACCCACGGGGGGCCACGCCCACUCACCCCGCCCACGCCUCUGAUCUCCCCGUGACCUCUGUCCCGGCAGAAGUGUCCGAGCUGAAGACAACACCUGCGGCAGAGACCGACGACCUGAGAGGUCACGUCGAGAGGUCAGAGGUCAGCAGCGGGAACAAGUACUGCUGUGAGGUUUGUGGAAAGACGUUCAAACAUCCCAGCAACCUGGAGCUGCACAAGCGCUCACACACAGGUGAGAAGCCGUUCCAGUGUAACGUGUGUGGGAAAGGAUUCUCACAGGCAGGAAACCUGCAGACGCAUCUGCGCAGACAUUCAGGAGACAAGCCGUACAUCUGUGAGCUCUGUGGGAAGAGCUUCGCAGCGUCCGGAGACGUCCAGCGGCACAUCAUCAUCCACUCGGGAGCGCGGCCGCACCUGUGUGACAUCUGCGGACGAGGCUUCAGCAACUUCAGCAACCUGAAGGAGCACAAGAAGACGCACAGCACGGAGAAGGAAUUCACCUGCGAGCAGUGCGGAAAAUCCUUCAACAUGCAGAGGAAGCUGUUCAAACACAAGCUCCGACACAGCGGAGACAAACCCUACAGCUGCCAGACCUGCGGGAAGUGUUUCGCGGGGUCAGGUGAUCUUCAGCGGCACGUGCGCUCUCACACAGGUGAGCGGCCCUACACCUGCGACACCUGCGGCAAGAGCUUCACACGCACCGCAGUCCUGCGCAGACACCGCAGCUCUCACUGCAGCCGCGCAGAUGCAGACGCAGACGCCUCCUGCAGGAGCCCCGAGGAGCUGAGCAGCGGAGCGCUGUGGGGACAUGCCAUGAAGACCCUGCAGAACCACACCGAGCACUGAACUUCUGUCAU